AUGCAUCGCUUCAGAUCUUGCGCAUUCAAAGCCCUCUCCGGCACCGUUGCCGCCAGAACCGUCCCGCCUCAGACAUCGCGGCCCUUCACAACCACAACACCCGCCAUAAGACGUCCCAUCCCCGACGUCUCCCACAGCGUCUCCUAUCACUCCCAUCAGACGAUCCACGUCUCCGAGAUCGAGGGCGAGAUCUCCCGCAUCCAGGGCCUGGUCAAGAGCGUCAAGGCCGUGACGGGCCGCAUCGAGAAGCACGUCCAGGAGCGCGGCGGCGACGACGACGGGCGCCGGCUCUCGGGACCGCUGUACAACAACAGACGGACGAGGAAGGUGGCGGUCAGGGUUCCCUCCACGCCCGCGCCCGUCGAGUGCGAUGGCGACGACGAGGUUCCUGAGAGGUUGAAGGUCGUUAAUCGGGAGCUUAUGGAGGCUGUUGAGAGAUUGAGGGAGGUUGACGGCAAGUUUCAGAGCCGUUAG